AUGCCUUUCAACCCAGUUCUUGCCAUCCGCAUGGUCCAGGGCGUUCUGGCAUUCAUUGCCAUGUCCCUCGGAGCCACGGUUGCAAAUGCAAUCAACACCGAAACCCUCGGCCCACCCACAACGAUCACCACCGUCCCCAGCUCCGUCGUCUUCUACAUCUUCGUCGCCGUCUUCACCAUGCUCAUCACGGUUCCCUACACAAUCAUCUGUCCCCGCUAUUUCCCCCUGCUCGCCAACCCAUUCGCCAUGCUCGCCGCCGAGACAACCACCGCUAUUUUCUGGCUGGGCGGAUUUGCAUCUAUCGCCGAUCAUCUGAGACGCCAUAAGAUUGAUUUCUGCGGUGAGGGUGUCGAUGCCUGUGCUGCUGCGAGGGGCAGUAUUGCUGUUGGGGUGUUGGAAUGUAUCCUCUUCUUCACCACCGCCUGGUUCGCCUUCUCCCACAUCUUUCUCGGCGGGCCACAACACCAACAAGACCAACACGAAUACGAACAAAUCAGCGGGCAACGGAAACAGCAGUGCGCAAGACCAUCAAGUCGAUCCAAAUGA